AUUUAAUUAAUUUUGAAUUACUAGUGAAUUAAAUUACUAAUCACAAAAAAGGACUCCUUCAAUUCCUUUUGUAACAAUCGGAUUACUUUCAUUUACUAUUCUUUAACGGAAUAUACGGAAUGAAUCAUAAAAAAAAAAGAGAUACCAGAUAUGAUGCUUUUAUUACCUACUUUCAAUUAAUUACUUAAAUAGUUUUAGAGUAACUUUAUUUGUGAUGACUAAUAUUCAUAUAUUCUCUUUAAUUCUUUUCUUUAAUUGUAGUUUUUAUAAUACGACAUUCAUCGAAAUUUUACGAUAAGAUUCUUUAAGUAUUUUCCAUUUCUUAUGUGCAACGCGUUCAAUAUAGGAAUAAUUAGAAUGAAUGUCGGUCAUUGAUAUUUUGUGUAUGAAAGGAAAACAUUCAUUGCAAAAAUAUAUUUUCAAGAUGCGUCCAUCAACAUUCCAACAUGAUGAAAAAAAGAAGUUCCAAAUUAAAAUUAGUCAAGAUGGUGAAUUCGCUAUGACUUUUGAUGCAGAAAAUCUUCGUAUCAAAAUUUAUAGGAAUACCGAUUUUCGUCAGUUCACAUAUUCAAAGUACUCCAAUAAAAACCCCAACAAUAUUCCUGAUAGUGAUAUAAUUGAUGAAGUAAUAGUUAAUUUCGUAAUAAGUAAUGAUUUAAAUAUUAUUAAGAUUUACAACGACCCGCGUUAUGAAGAACCACAAGAUAAUCACGAAAACAAUCGAAACGGAUCAAAUGAAUCCAAUCAAUAUAGGUGGUCAUUCGAUAUAUCAAGUUUACAAAUUUGUGAUGGUAACAAAUAUAUCUUUGUAGCAAUAUCCUACAUAGAUCUUGAAAAUGAUAUGAAAGGUAAAGAAAGAAUAAAUAUUAAUGAAACAAUUAGAGAUACUAAAAAUGAAUAUAAGAACAAUAAUGUGAUAAAUAAGGAAUUAAUUAAAAAAGCUAAAGCCUCAUCUUAUAUUGAAUAUAAUGUAAAUAACAAUGUUGUUAUUAAUGCUGAUGGCAUGGAUGAUUCAAAUUCUUCUCGGAGAAAAACCAUCAUUUAUUGUUUUAAGUUGAACAAAAAUUAUAGUUUAGAUAAUGAUUAUAUCCCGACUUGUUGCUCUUGUAAUUAUGUUUCAGGUAUUCCAAAAUUCAUCAAUAAUGAAAAGAUUGAUCAUUCAGAAAUUUCAAAUGAUCAAGACCGUAUCUUAAAAAGAUUUAUAUUAUUAAAUUUUAAUGGAAUAUAUAAUUUUGAGUAUAAUCAUCAAGAUAGAAGUUUUGAUUUAAAUGAGAGAUUUGAUUAUCCGAAAAGUUUCGAGGAUGAAUUGAAUAAUUGGCAUACAAAUAAGUUAACGGAUUGUAUGAAUCGACUUUUAUCAUGUCUUACCAAUAAGAAUUUUUUGGUCGAAAAAUAUAAAGAUAAAGUACAAGUAAUUGAAGUUUAUGAUUUGGCAGAAAUGAAAUUAGAAACUGCUGCAAAAAUAGUUAAAAAUAAGGAUAGGCGUAUGAAAAAAUACGAUAAUAAAAAUGAUUUUACAAUAAGUAAAAACAAAUUACAAUUAUGUUACACUCGAGGUUUUCAUUCUAUUAAAUUAUAUUUAGUUGAAAACGGUUUGCAAAUUGCGGCAAAAAAUUUUGA